AUGAGAGGAAUACAGUUACCGUUAAGCCAAACUCAAAAGGUUCGUCUUCAGAAGGCUCUAGAAAAGUUAGAAUCUAUCUCAUCCAAGGUCAACUCCGCUGCUUCAGUCAUCAUUGCGGAUUCCAUUCCCGUCAACCACGAAGACGGCGUCCUCAAGGGUCACGGAACCAUCGACCUCAACGGCGAAGUCGUCGCCACCAUCUGCGGCGUCGUCGAGCGCGUCAACAAACUUGUCUAUGUCCGCGCGUUACGCUCCAGGUAUAAACCUGAGGUUGGUGACAUUGUUAUAGGGCGUGUUGUUGAGGUUGCUCAGAAGCGUUGGAGAUUGGAUAUAAAUUUCAACCAGGAUGCAGUUUUGAUGCUUUCUUCUAUGAAUAUGCCUGAUGGUGUCCAGAGGCGGAGGACAGCGCUGGAUGAGCUAAACAUGCGUUGCAUUUUUGAGGAGAACGAUGUUGUUUGUGCUGAAGUUCGGGGUUUCCAGCAUGAUGGCUUACACCUUCAAGCAAGGAGUCGGAAAUAUGGAAAGCUUAAUAGAGGUCAGCUGCUUAAAGUUCCACCUUAUUUAGUGAAGCGACAAAAACAACAUUUCCAUCAUCUGGAGGAGUUUGGUAUUGAUUUGAUACUUGGCUGUAAUGGAUUCAUAUGGGUUGGGGAACAUAUUGAGGCCAAAGAUGACAUGGUAGAAGAUCAGGUGAGCCAAUCUGAUCCCCAAGUUUUAUUGCCUAACAAAAAUUGCUUGAGUCUCGAAGAACAAGAAAAAAAUUAUACAAUAUUGGAGACAAGAAAAUACAUUUGCAGAGCUGCUAAUGCUGUUAGAGUACUAUCAAUGUUAGGCUUCAAUAUUACAUUGGAAAUCAUCAAGGGAAUUAUUGAUCUAAGCAUAUCCAUGAAUCUUGAUAUACAUGAGAUGCUUGGUUCUGAUUUUUGUGUUUUGGUUGCUGAAAAAGAGGUCGAAAGGAGAAGCUCAAAUAAAAAGAAGCGGUAG